AAGUUAACCUAAAAGUUUAUAGAUUUUAGGUGUAUUAGAUUAGAAGUAAUAUCUAUUAUGACUAAGUUGUUAGAGGGUUGGAGAUAUGGCGUCUUUAUUACAAUGCUGGUAGGGGCAAUAGGAUUAACAUGUUAUCCAAUUAUAAUUGACCCAAUGGUAAAUACGAAAAAGUGGAAAAAAAUUCAAGAUCACACUCGAAAAAACAUAAACCAAGAAGACGUUCAACCUGGGAAUAUGAAAGUUUGGACGGAUCCUUUUGAUAGAAAAAAGAGCUAAAAGGAUAUUUCAUAUAUAGAAAUUUUGUAUAUAAUCAUUAAUUAAAGUGAAUUAGCCUUAA